GGUGUGAUGUCACGUACGUCACAUUAUUGUGGAGAUAACAUUACUGUAUAGAUGUAGAUAAGUAAUUGUCAGAUAGGUAUGUAAUUCAUCAGAUAGGUUGAUAGCUUUCUAUCACGUAGUAUUAAGUAUAUAUAAGUAUAUGUGAUAAUGAAUAAAGGCAGAUAGAAUCGGAAUCUUAUCCGAGAGGUUGUCCUCAAGCCUUGUGUUUUCUUACCACCGCUACCACCCCUACACGCCACACCACAUGGCGACCCUGCCAUUCGGACGGAUGGCGUAGCUGUUGGUUAGUAUCGUCGAGACGUCGGUGAGAUUUUGACUCCACUAAGCGCAGAAAAGUUUUGCUGAAGUACACCAUGGGCACAAGUACGUCCAAGGAAGAGGUAGUCAUAGCCCAAGUCGCAUCAGGUGGGUCUAACGAUGCAUCGGUGAUACAAGAACAUAUUUCGGCGGUAAGCGCGGCCGUCCUGUUCAUAGCGACCUGUUUCGCUAUUGGUAUAUUGGGUGGAAUCAUAUACUUGUACAGAAGAUGUCAUCUUGAAUGGAUCAGACAAGAAGUGAACCGGAGAGAAGUGCAACGAGUGGUGCAGACAGCCUGAUGAGCAAGCAGUAAGUGGCAAUAAUAAUUAAGGAAGUGAUAUUUUUUGUGCGGUCUUGUGUUAACUAUAUAAAAUAGAGACAUUAGUGUAAACAUUGUUGUGUUAUAAAUGGAAAUAGAGUUAACGUCAAUUUAUGUUCAACUUAAGGUUAUUAGGGAAUCUAUUGUUAAGUUAGGACCUAGUAGACGAACGGGGAGUAACUUCGACUCAAAGCUUAGUCAAGCAAAGGCCCUUUACGACAAGUUUAAAAAUGUAGUAUCGGGCGUAUCAAAAUUUUCAGACGAAUUGACACUGUUGAUUAGUAGAAUAGAAGACUUGUACGUAAAAACAAUUAAGUUUGAACGCGAAACUGAAGUACCAGCAAAGAUGGAGUCGCGAAAUUUGGAAAAGUUUUCGUUAAAAACGGCAGUUAGUUUGCUUCCGAAAAUGAACGGUGAUGAAACUGUUACCCAAGAUUUAAUAGAAGCCAUAAGUUUGUAUAGUUCUAUGUUAGAGGGGCUCGAUAAUGAUCUCUUAAUAAAGUUCGUGCUCACCACGCGUCUAACACAGGGGGCUAGGAUGCGGUUAGCUUCACAAUACGCGACAGUGGAUAGUCUUUUGGCUGAUAUGAAGAAGCAUCUUCUAACGGCAAAAUCAGAUGUUGCGAUACAAGCUAAAUUAGCUCGUACUAGGCAAGAUAAUAAGUCUAUUGCAGAUUUCGGAGCAGAGAUAGAGAGAUUGAUGGUGGAUUUGACUAUUUCUCAAGCAGGGGAUAGUCAAGAAGCCUACAGAGUCUUGCGGCCCUUGAAUGAAAAAUACGCGGUUAAAAAAUUCUCAGACGGACUUCGCAACCAACGUUUGGGUACCAUUAUUACGGCAAGGAACUUGACGUUGUUAAAAGACGCAAUAAGGGUAGCCGAAGACGAAAAUGGUACAUCAUCGGGACAGGUCAUGACUUUUCAACGUCAGUAUAGGCCACAUAAUUUUUCAAGUAGUAAUAGGGGUCGUGGCAAUACAUAUACGCGUAAUAAUCAUGCACAACAGAAAACAGCUGUCGAACGUACAUUCCAAAGGAGCAAGAAUGCUAACGUAGGUUUUAGCAACGGUGCGCAAGGUCGUGACGUGAGGAAUGCUACAUAUCGCGGUCGACGUGGUCAGCAGAAUCGUAGAAACGUAGCGUGUUUUGAUCAUACGUCAGACGGCCAUGACUCUGGCACAAUGUCAAAGCCAAAGUAUUGCGAGUCUAGCAGAAGUCAGUUUUUUCGAGACUAAGCAUAUUUUAGCUUGUAAUAGUAUUAACUGGGUUAACUUUGUAGUCGGUAGUAUAAAUUCGGAAUGGUUAGUAGACACGGGGGCAUCGUUGUCAGCCAUAAAAAAUGGUUUCUUAAAAUCAAGUGCUAUGUGUUAUAAGUUAGUUAAGGACGAGUUAAUAAUUAAUGGAGUAGGUGGUAAUUUACGGUCUAUGGGUUAUGUUAAUUUAAAAUUAGUAUGCGGAAAAUAUUCAUUCUUGCAUAAAUUUUAUGUUUUCGAUGAUUUACCCUGUAAGUCAGUUGGUAUAAUAGGUCAAGAUUUUUUACAAACAUAUAGCGGUAUUAUAGAUUUUUCAGAAAACAAGUUAACGCUUAGGGAGCGUGAAGGGAGCGUGAUUUCAAUACCCCUUAAGUAUUAUAGUUAUUCAUUGAAUAUACCUCCGCGUUGUGAAGUAGUAAAAUAUUUUCCGGUGAAUAGAGCGGACGAUUGUGUGGUCGUGAGAAAAGAGUUGCAGAAGGGUGUAUUUUUGGCUAAUGUAAUAGCUAGACCUAGGAAUGGGAUAAUACCCAUUAGGAUAUUGAAUACGACUUCCUCAGAAGUUGUUUGCAGUAUGACAGACGUGGAAGUAUAUCCGUUAAGAGAUUACGAUUAUUGUUGUUUCGCGGAACCGGAAAUGAGCGUGAAACGUGUUAAGGAAAUAUUUUCUUUGCUUAAACUUGAGUAUUUGAAUGAGGAAGAGCGAUUGAGCAUUGAACAGAUAUGUGCCAAGUAUCCAGAUAUAUUUCAUGUACCGGGAGAUAGGUUGACGGUCACAAACGUGUAUGAACAGUCAAUAAGGUUGAAAGAAAAUGCCGCUCCAGUCUAUAGGAAGCAAUAUAGAAUACCAUAUGUGCAGAAAAAAGAGGUGGAUAGGCAGGUGCAGGAGAUGCUGGAAAAUGGUAUAGUUGAAGAAACAGUUAGUGAGUGGUCUAGUCCGGUAUUGAUCGUUCCAAAGAAGGCGGAUCGUAGCGGUGAAAAGAGGUGGCGUGUAGUUAUAGUGUAGAUGAGGUGAAGCGUUUUGUGGCAUUUGCAAAUUAUUAUAGAAAAUUCAUACCAAACUUUGCUAGGAUAGUUCUUCCAAUGAAUAAGCUGUGUGGAAGGUAUGCGACGUUUGACUGGACCGAUGAAUGCGAGAAGUCAUUUUUAUUACUAAAAAACUCAUUAAUGAAUCCUCCAGUUUUAGAUUAUCCAGAUUUUUCUGAUAACAACACUUUUAUAUUACAGACCGAUAGUUCAGGAUUUGCUGUAGGUAGUGUCUUGUGCAAUGGGAACGGAAAGCCUGUUGCUUAUGCUAGUAGAGCUUUGAAUAAAAGUGAAUUAAAUUAUCCUAUAAUAGAGAAAGAGUUGUUGGCUAUUGUUUGGUCAGUUAAAUAUUUUAGGCCAUAUUUAUAUGGGAGAAAAUUUGUCGUAAAAACAGAUCAUCGACCUCUUUUGUAUUUAUUUAACAUGACGGAUCCAUCGAGUAGGUUGACUAAGUUUCGGUUGUGCUUGGAAGAGUACGAUUUUACUGUGGAAUAUGUGAAAGGGAAGGAAAAUGUGCUAGCGGAUGCAUUGUCUAGGAUUAUAAUUUCAAGUGAAGAUUUAAAGACCAUGCGUGAGAAAACCAUAUCUGUGAUGACGCGAGCACAAUGUAAACAGUUAGAAGGUUCAAGUAAUUGUGAGGAAGACUCUGCGGUUAGUAGGACUGAUCACCCUAGUAUCGUAGAAGUUCUUAAGAAACAAGGAGAUGACGUUGAAAUUCUGCAAAUAAGUGUAGAUAAGUGGGAAAAGUUAUUAGAGAGCUCUCGUAAGAAAAUAAUUUCAAAGGCGCGCAAUUUAAUGUAUAUGCCGGAAAACUCGAGUAUUUAUUUAAACUAUGAAUCUUUAUCGGCAUCAUCGCGAGACGAGUUGUCGAAAGAUAUAGUUACAUUUUGUUUAGAAAACGGCAUACAAGAAGUGGUGAUAUUAAAAAAUUGUUGCAACAAUCGUAUUAUAAAGGAAAUGGCGAAAUAUUUAAAGGAAAACGGUAAAACUUUAAGUAAGAAUUUUAAAUUUUGUGUAGUAUCGGGUGUGCGGAGAAUAGACGACGACGAUGAGAAGAAGAUUGUUAUGAAUGAUUUUCAUGUUCUGCCUACGAGUGGACAUACAGGAAUACGUAGAAUGGUGAAUAAUAUAAAAAAGUAUUUUUAUUGGCCAUCAAUAGAACGUGAUGUCAUUAAUUAUGUUCGUAAGUGUAAAAAAUGCCAAAAGCAAAAGUAUCAUAGGAAUGUUAGGGAACCGAUGACCAUAACAACCACCGCAACUUCGUCUUUUGAAAAAAUCUACCUAGAUUUAGUAGGACCUCUUGAUAGGGAUGACUAUGGGAACGUAUACAUAUUGACUCUACAGUGUGAGCUUACAAAGUUUGUAGAGGCUUAUCCUUUAAAAAAUAAAUCUGCAAAGGAGGUUGCAAGGGCGAUGGCAGAAAAUUUUAUUUUGAGAUAUGGGGUACCAAAAAUCAUUGCUACAGAUAGGGGUUCCGAAUUUAUUUCGAAAGUUAUGGUAGAGCUAUGUAACAUUUUAGGGAUUAGUAAAACGGUAUCAACUGCGUAUCAUCAUGAGAGCAUAGGAUCGUUAGAGAAUGUUCAUAAAACUUUAGGUGCAUAUUUGCGAAUACAGACGAAUAAUAAUACAUCAGCAUGGAGUUCUUGGAUUCCGUAUUGGUGUUUUUCAUAUAAUACAACUGUAAAUACUGUAACCAAAUAUACGCCUUACGAAUUAGUUUUUGGGAAAAUAUGCAAGUUACCAAGUAAUUUACAAGGUGAGACUGUUGAACCAUUGUAUAAUUUUGAUGAUUAUCCUUUAGAAUUUAAGUAUCGGUUGCAAAGAGCGCAAGCCGAGGCAAAACAAAAUGUAAUAACUAGUAAAAUAAGGAGAAAAAAAUGUUAUGAUGUAAAUAUAAAUCCAUUAAAUUAUAAGGAAGGUGAUUUAAUUUUAGUAAGAAAGGAGACUGGUAGUAAGCUUGAUUGUAUUUAUGAUGGACCAUUUGUAGUCGUAAAAGAUGAAUCGCCAAAUGUUGUUAUUCAAUGUAAAGGAAAAUUAGAUGUUAUUCAUAAAAAUAGGACUAAGUUGUAUUGUAAUGAAAAAAAUAUUAAGAUUUAAAUUUAUAUUUUUUUUUUCAUUAGGAAGGGUGAUGUGGUGUGAUGUCACGUACGUCACAUUAUUGUGGAGAUAACAUUACUGUAUAGAUGUAGAUAAGUAAUUGUCAGAUAGGUAUGUAAUUCAUCAGAUAGGUUGAUAGCUUUCUAUCACGUAGUAUUAAGUAUAUAUAAGUAUAUGUGAUAAUGAAUAAAGGCAGAUAGAAUCGGAAUCUUAUCCGAGAGGUUGUCCUCAA